AUGAAGGACAUCCUGCGCCGCUUCCCCAGGGAAAACUACGACGUCUUCAAAUACGUCAUCAACCACUUGAACAAGUGAGUGGCUCAGUGACAGGGCUGUGACAGCCAUGCUGACUACAGUAACAGUCAUCCACCCUGCAACCUUUGACCUUCCACCCUGUCAGCUACACCCCUGGCUAAAUUGAGUCCGCUUUAAAUUCAGUCAAUUGAGUCAUAGCACAAACACUGCAGUUUAGAUUUGUAGAUCGUUACUUUAUGAUUUCUUGAACAACUACAUUUGUUUUCUCUCUCUCUCUCUCUCUCUCUCUCUCUCUCUCUCUCUCUCUCUCUCUCUCUCUCUCUCUUAACCCUCUUUUUCUCCCUCCCUCCCUCAGGGUGAGCCAGAAUAACCGUUUGAACCUGAUGACCAGUGAGAAUCUGUCCAUCUGUUUCUGGCCCACUCUAAUGCGGCCCGACUUCACCACCAUGGAUGCCCUGACAGCCACGCGAACCUACCAGACAAUCAUCGAGUCCUUCAUCCACCAGUGUGCUUUCUUCUUCUACAAUCAGCCCCUGUCUGACACCCUUAGCGGGCACGCCUCCCCCACAGCAACCCUCUCCUCCCACGGGGUAACCUCGGCCUACUCCUCCUUGGCCUACAACUCUCCUUCCCUCACACCCGCCCCGGCCCCUUACGUUAUGCCCACCACGCCGCCCGUCAUCCCCCACUACGGGCCGCCCCAUACACAGAUCCAGCAGUCCCCGCCCCACACCCCCCAGUCCCCCAUCCAGGCACUGUUGCCCCCCCUGCACCCCCAUCACCCGCCCACGGAACAACACAUGCUGUGA